AUGAGCGGCGGCCAGAUCAACAAGAACGAGAAGAUAGUAUCCAUGGUGACUCGCCUGAACGAGCUGAAGGAAAAGCAGGAUCCAGGUAGCUCCAAGAAGGACAAGGACGCCAAGAAGGAUGCCAAGAAGAAGACCCCGCUUAGUGCCGAAGAACAGAAGGAGUAUGCACAGCUUCAAGGCGACAUUGAAGUGUACAAGGCCAAGCUGCGCACCGAAUUCGGCUACAGCAACAAGGAAAUCAAGGCCGAUCCUGAUCUCAAAGAGAUGGAGGCCCGGUUGGCAGCCUUCGAAAAGCGUAGCUGA